AUGGGGUGGUCGGGUAUGAGCGGCAAUAGACAUGAGCUAGUCAGGCCGCCGGCGACCCGCGCACUGAGCAUACUGUAUCCUGCCACUUCUCAUCGUCGCAGGGCCGUCUGUUCUCCUCGCCUUUCAUCGUCAAACUGUCGCGCAGCGGAGCGCACCAAGUUUUUCACCAUGGUCAAGUCUCAGAACACUCUGAAGAUCGUCAAGAAGCGGACGCGCAAGUUUAAGCGCCACCAGUCCGACACACAGAUGCGUGUGCCGGAGUCAUGGCGCCGCCCGAAAGGUAUUGACUCGCGUGUUCGCCGCAAGUGGCGGGGAAAGGUCUCGAUGCCUAACAUUGGCUACGGGUCUAACAAGAAGACUCGCCACAUGCUGCCCAACGGCUUCUUCAAGUUCCUCGUCCAUAACGUCAACGAACUCGAAGUCCUCAUGAUGCAGAACCGCGUCUACUGCGCUGAGAUCGCACACAGUGUCUCGUGCCGCAAGCGCAUCGCCAUCAUCGACCGUGCAGCUCAGCUCGAUAUCAAGAUCUCUAACGCCGGUGCCCGCGUCAAGGUCGAGGAGACUGAGUAAGUCAAUGUGGAGGUUGUCUGGUGUAGCGUGACUUUGCCUCUAUCAACGUAAAUACGACGGACCGUCUUUCUAGUCGCCGCAAUCCUAUAUUUUGUAGACUUCGGAUUAGUCGGGCACCUGCUUUGACGACGGAACCGGGGUUCGUCUUCUGUGCGAAUCUUGAUUGAUGAGGGUUACGAUCUCGGGUCUGUCCACAGCCUGCUGCAAUUGUCACUGCGAAGCGAUAGAGAGAACUUUCUCUCUACAUGUGAUGAUGCGAACCUGACAAAUUGCCCGUACCGUCGACCAUCCAGAUGCAAAUGUGCAGUGCAGGCAGGCGACAUGCACUUGAAUGGAACUAUUUCCCCUGCGUGUGGCUCAUGCACUGGAAUGGUUCAUCGCAGACCGGUCACAUCUGAGGCGUGAAUUGAAAGGCUGGGCAGCUAUUCGGAUAUCCAAUGCUAGAGAGUGGUCUCAAGUGGAUUUUAGAUGUUUCUUUGAAAGGUGCUUGUUGUAACCUCAAUUCUUAUCUUUAUGACCAUCAAAUGCUCCUUUUUACAUGUUUA